GGAGGGUCUGGGCAGAGCCUCUCUCCUCCUCUCCUCCAGCGGUGGGCCUUUCCCCGCUGCUGCUUGGCUGCCACCAGGACUCCUGCCUGUCCUCCUGGGCUGCCAGGAAGAGAAAGCACGCUUUGUUUGUUUUUAUUUGCCUCCCGAGCUGCACCGAGGAGGCCGGGCGGCGGGACUGGGCCCACCAAUCCGCCAAAGGCCCAGAAGCGACUCCUCCUCCUCCUCUUGCUACUCUUGGAGCAAACUCUUUGCGCGAGACAGUCCCAGGCUCCUGAAAGAUGGCUGAAGGGAGCGCGCGCUUUUCCUCCACGUUGAGGCGGCGACGGCGGCAACAAGCCCUGCUUCUUCUCCUGCUCCUGCCUCACCUUUCCUUCUCCUUCGGCGCCGAGGAGGAAGGCGGCCCCCAGGGCUCUCCCUUGCCUGAAUCCGCCUUGCAGAAGCCCACCGUCUUCCUCGCCCUCCUGGCCAGAAACGCCGCCGGCUCCUUGCCCCACUUCCUUGGCUGCCUGGACAGGCUGAGGUACCCCAAGGCCAGGAUGGCUGUCUGGGUUGCCACUGACCACAAUGUUGACAACACGACUGGCAUUCUGAAAGAGUGGCUGAAGAAUGUGCAAAAAUUGUAUCACUACGUGGAGUGGAGGCCAAUGGAGGAGCCCCAGUCUUACCCUGAGGAGAUUGGGCCUAAACAUUGGCCAAACUCCAGGUUUGCCCAUGUGAUGAAGCUGAGGCAGGCUGCUCUGAGAACUGCAAGGGAAAAAUGGUCUGAUUAUAUUAUGUUUAUAGAUGCUGAUAAUUUUCUGACCAACCCAGAUGUGCUGAAUCUCAUGAUAGCUGAGAACAAGACCAUUGUAGCACCAAUGCUUGAAUCUCGCAAUCUUUACUCUAACUUCUGGUGUGGAAUGACACCUCAGGGCUACUAUAAGAGAACACCAGAUUAUUCCUUGAUCAGAGAAUGGAAGAGGACUGGUUGCUUUGCAGUCCCAAUGGUUCACUCCACAUUCCUCAUAGACCUAAGAAAAGAGGCAUCGGAUAAACUGAUGUUUUAUCCCCCACAUCAGGACUAUACCUGGACUUUUGACGAUAUCAUUGUCUUUGCUUUCUCAAGUCGUCAGGCAGAUAUUCAGAUGUACAUCUGCAACAGAGAACAUUAUGGUUACCUCCCUGUGCCCUUGAAAGCUCAGCAGACCCUGGAGGAUGACACUGAGAAUAUCGUUCAUGUGCUAAUUGAAGCAAUGAUUGACCGUCCUCCAAUUGAACCUUCAGAAUACGUCACGAUUCCACCAAAGCACCCAGACAAGAUGGGAUUUGAAGAGAUUUUCUUGAUAAAUCUCAAACGGCGGAAAGACAGGCGGGAUCGAAUGCUGCAGACUCUGCACGAGCAGGAAAUUGCAGUCAAGUUAGUGGAAGCUGUGGAUGGAAAGACACUGAAUACAAGCCAACUAAAAGCUCUCAAUAUAGACAUGCUUCCUGGUUAUCAGGAUCCUUAUUCCUCAAGAGUAUUGACCAGAGGGGAGAUUGGAUGUUUUCUCAGCCACUACUAUAUCUGGAAGGAGGUGGUGGACAGAGAGAUGGAGAAGACACUGGUAAUUGAAGAUGAUGUCCGCUUUGAGCAUCAAUUCAAGAAGAAGCUUACAAAACUGAUGGAUGAUAUUGAGAGAGCUCAGCUUGACUGGGAGCUCAUAUACAUUGGCCGAAAAAGGAUGCAGGUGGAACGCCCUGAAAAGGCUGUUCCCAACGUUGUGAACCUUGUGGAACCUGAUUAUUCUUACUGGACACUGGGCUAUGCUAUCUCCUUGCAAGGGGCUCAGAAGCUCAUUGACGCUCAGCCUUUUGGCAAAAUGUUACCUGUAGAUGAAUUCCUGCCAGUUAUGUACAACAAGCAUCCAGUGGCCAAGUAUAUGGAAUACUAUGAACCCAGAGACUUGAAGGCUUUCUCUGCAGAACCACUGCUAGUGUAUCCAACUCACUACACUGGGCAGCCAGGCUAUCUCAGUGAUACAGAGACCUCAACCAUCUGGGACAAUGAAACGGUGGCCACGGACUGGGACAGAACACUCUCCCGAAAAACACGGCAGCAGGGCCAGAUCCAUACAGAUGCCCAGAACAAGGAUGCUUUGCCACCUCAACCCUCUCUUGGCGCAUCAUCCACCAGGGAUGAGCUAUGACUGUCUACUUCUUCUAGAGACCUUGUUACGGUUGGCAACGGUACUACUUGCCUCACCCUCCAUCCUUUCUUGGCCUAGAAUCCCCCCCAAGAGAUGCGUGCUGUCCUGGCUGGCAAGGGGCGCUGUUAAACCUGAUUGAGUCAGGCUGUCACAUAUUGUAUCAAAGUAGGCCAUAGGUUUGUGCCGUAGCUGGAGGACUCCAUAGAACAGUGAUUUUAUACUCAGACAAAUAUCCCUUAAGUGACAUCUUUCUACAGUUCCUUGUGUAGAAUAACUGUAUUUAUAAAGAUUAAUAUAUAGGAGAGCUACAGGCUGUGUAAUAUGAAUUGUUUCUGCUUUGGGUGAGCGUUAUCCAUUUCUACCUGCAAAGGGAAGGAGGGUUUUCUUUUGUUUCCAAAGAGUUGCUUUCAGAAAUUGUCUCAUGUCUAUCAUUAUCAAGAGGCCUUAAUGGAUUUGCAUUUUGUCCAUUGUGUGAGUCACCAGUGGUGUCAAUACCUUGACUUACCUUUGAGUCAUCAAUAUAGGAAGUGGCUGUUUUUCUUGAGCAUCAGAACCAUAGUUCCCAGCUUGCAAAAUUAUUUAUAGGCUUCAUGCCAUCCUCACUGUUAUUCCACAAUGGCUGGUUCCUGUUAUUUCCAUAUUGGAGAACUGUAGGUUGCGAGGUUUAGGACUGUAUCAUACGUUGCCAGUUGUGGUAUGAAGUAUGCUUUGAUGAUCACAAGUAUGUCUUCUGUCAUCUCUUCAAACACAACCCUUGAGUGUGAAUUUGGUUUGUAUAUUCAGCAGCAAAUCAUCAAAUGACAUAAUGUCUUCUGUUCUGUUGAAUUUUAUCCCCAGAUUCCCCCAAGUUGAAGCUUUUUUUUUUUUGGUCAGGAGCGACUUGAGAAACUGUAAGUCGCUUCUGGUGUGAGAGAAUU